UCCUACUUAAUUCUCUGCUUCGUGUUAUUCUUCAUUUUUAGUUUGAGAGCCCUCUUUUUCAUUUACCCAAAAAAAAAAAAAAAAACAGUGAUCCUCUUUAAUUUCUUUCGCUUUCGCCGAAGUUUCUUAGUAUUUUCGUGCGGUGGAAUUAUUUAAACUGAGGCAGAUAUUUGGGGGUAUUUAAUUGGGGCUUCGUUCUUCCCCAGAAUUCAGGGAUGGCAUUGGAGCCCGACCAAGCUCCAGUGGAUUCUAUUACUUUAUUUGUUGCACUCCUCUGCUCUUGCAUUGUACUUGGUCAUCUUCUCGAGAAAAAUCGAUGGUUUAAUGAGUCGAUAAUUGCGCUUGCCAUUGGUCUUUGUACUGGUAUUGUUAUUCUGUUUACCACUGAAGGACAGAGAUCACACCUUCUAGUAUUUAAUGAGGAGCUUUUCUUUAUAUAUCUUCUUCCUCCUAUCAUAUUCAAUGCCGGAUUCCAGGUCAAAAAGAAGCAAUUUUUCCAUAACUUCGUGACGAUCAUUUUGUUUGGUGCUGUUGGUACCUUGAUAUCGUUUGUCAUCAUAUCCAUAGGUACCAUGAAGUUAUUUAAGAAAUUGGAUAUUGGUUUCUUGGACAUUGGAGAUUAUCUUGAUUACUUUCUUCUUUUAGCACUUGGAGCAAUCUUUUCAGCCACAGAUUCUGUUUGCACUUUGCAGGUUCUUAAUCAGGAUGAGACGCCUCUUCUAUACAGUAUAGUCUUUGGCGAAGGUGUGGUAAAUGAUGCCACAUCAAUUGUACUUUUUAAUGCAAUUCAGAAAUUUGACCUCUCUCACAUCACCUCAAGCAUUUUUAUGGAAUUCAUGGGAAACUUCUUAUACUUUUUUAUUACAAGCACAUUGCUAGGAGUAGCGGUCGGAUUAGUAAGUGCAUACAUCAUAAAGAAAUUGUACAUUGGCAGGCAUUCUACUGAUCGUGAAGUUUCUCUCAUGAUUCUCAUGGCUUACCUUUCAUAUAUGAUGGCUGAAUUGUUCGAUUUGAGCAGCAUUCUUACAGUGUUCUUUUGUGGGAUUGUUAUGUCACAUUACACCUGGCAUAAUGUGACUGAAGGUUCAAGAAUCACCACCAAGCAUGCUUUUGCAACAUUAUCUUUCAUAUCAGAGAUUUUUAUCUUCCUGUAUGUUGGUAUGGAUGCUUUGGAUAUUGAGAAGUGGCAAGUUGUUAUCAAAAGUCCUGGAACAUCUGCUGGGGUGAGUUCAAUACUGCUUGGUUUAGUUCUACUCGGAAGGGCGGCUUCUGUUUUCCCUCUAUCCUUUAUAUCCAAUCUAAUUAAAAGGUCUCAGAGUGACAAAUUUACAUUGAACCAACAGGUUACAAUAUGGUGGGCAGGGCUUAUGCGAGGUUCUGUGUCUGUGGCACUUGCUUAUAAUCAGUUUACUAGAUCGGGGCGUACUCAAUUGCUUGGAAAUGCCAUUAUGAUAACCAGCACCAUCUCUGUUGUUCUUUUCAGUACUGUGGUGUUUGGAUUAAUGACAAAGCCUCUAAUAAGGCUGCUUCUGUCAAGCAAGCACCUAAGCAGCACCACGUCCUCUGAAUCUUUUCCAUAUAAGCCGAUGACAGACCCACCACUUACUGCCAACGGGCAAACCGCAGAUCAUGAAACGGGUGGCAACAACAUUCCUCGUCCAACCAGCCUACGCAUGCUCCUGACUACCCCGGCUAAUACUGUCCACUACUACUGGCGGAAGUUUGAUGAUAGUGUCAUGCGUCCUCUGUUUGGUGGGAGAGGUUUUGCGCCAUAUGCUCCUGGCUCACCAACCGAACCACUUCUUCACUGAUUACAAAUACAAUACACUGAAUUUUGAAUGCAAUAUAAGGCAUAUGGGGAUUAGAAACGAUACAGAAUAGGGGAAAAAGUGACAGCAGAGAGAUGAUGGUAUGUUUUUACUCUCUUCCUCGAUUCAGAAUUAUGUAGGUUAGCUUUGUAACAUUCCACCUCAAUGCUUAGAAGUGGCGAGAAUGUAGUUACAAGGAAUGUUUUGUGAAGCCAGAGAGUCAUGAAGUCUCUUGAAUCGAUGAGCAUGUGAAGAAAAAUGAUUUGCAGGCAUUUAUCCUUGUAUCUGGCUGUUCUCUAAUCAAAUAUUCUUAGUCUACCCUGAGAACCGCAACGUGUAAAAUAUUCAAUAUUCUGCAUGUAUAAACUAACCGGGAUUGGCAAAACCCAGCAUUUAAUUUGUCC